AUGUCCGCGGUAGUUGCAAAGCUGUGGCUACUUGCGUUGAGUAUCUAUUCUGUGGCCUGUGCAGAGGAAUCCUGUGAAUCUUGCGCGACGAACCUAAUUCAGAAAAAGGCCUUGGCACGGUUUUCGGAGACCAGGUCGGUUUCAAACAAGUCCCAUAUAGGUACCAAUCCGUGGGAUGUCUACGACUACUUGGCAGCCGUGCACCACAAGUCUGGGAUUUACUUUCUGCACAAGAUUGCUGUUUACAUGUUCUCAACCCUGCAAAUUCGUGACGAAGACGUGGGCACUAUCAUCACGCCUUGCUACACUGUAUGCGCAAACACCCAAGCUCCAGUCCUGUUCAUGAUUGACAUGGCUGGACCAGAAACCAUCCAGCGCAAACGCGAGGCCGCCAAAGCUAAGGGCAAAGGCCUGAAAGUGUAUGGCACUGUGCGAGAUCCAGUUACCAUGGUAGCCUCUGCCUACUGCUACCAUAGCCGUGGCGAAGAGGCCCUCAACGUGAUGUUCCUUCCUCCGGGUUGGCCUGAAGUUACUAUGCAGACCAUGGCAAUGCAGGAUGGGGUGACCUUUGCCGCAAGGCAAAUGAUGCCGAUGGUUGCAAACAUGACCUCCUUGUACGAGAAGCCAGACAAGGACACCUACCGGUUCGAUUAUGAGAGGGCAACAGCGUCCUCAGAGAACUUCGAUGAGAUGGUUUCUAACAUGCUAGAUGUGCUGUUUGGGACCAUGAUCUCCCCAGACCAGAAGAGCAAAUGCUUGGAGGCAGCAGCAUGGGCAGAUUUGAGGCGUCACCCUGAUGAAACGGAUGAGCACACAAAUAACGAAGAUUGCGAAGCUGAAGCCCGGCAGGUUUUUUUAGACUCGGCGCCAGCCGAUAUGCUGGCAGCAUACAGAGACUUCCAGCGACGGCUGGGCUACCCCAUGGGCUAG